AUGAGAAACGCUUUGUAUGAUAAAUUAGAUGACGAUGGCAUCAUAGCUCCAGGUAUCCGUGUGUCUGGAGAUGAUGUUGUAAUUGGUAAAACAAUAACUCUACCAGAGAAUGAUGAUGAAUUAGAAGAUCAGUUCGUAUCCCACAAAUCGGCGAUAAGUUUGCGUCACGCCAUGGUCAAAAAGGAACUUGUGGUAUUCAGUACAGGCAAGAAGACAUGCCUUUCACUUGUGAAGGAAGAGCUCGUGAUGGAGGUUUACGUUUUGGAGAGAUGGAACGAGAUUGUCAAAUUGCACAUGGUGCUGCUCAAUUUCUUAGAGAACGCCUAUUUGAAGUGUCAGAUCCUUACCGCAUACAUGUCUGCAACUUUUGUGGUU